CUUUGUAAAAGUACAAGUAACUUAAACCCUUUUCUGCGAAUGACAUCUCCAAGCACAAGCAACAAUCACCGAUGCGUAAACCUGAUAUCAAAAUGCAAAACCCUCGAGAAUCUCAAGCAAAUCCACGGACAGUUCCUUACAAUCGGCCUCUCUCACCACACGUUUCCUCUAAGCAAACUGCUUCUUUUAUCCUCCACCGUCUGCUUACCCUACGCUCUCUCUAUCUUCCGUCGCAUCUCCAACCCUUCCGUCUUCCUCUACAACACUCUCAUCGCCUCCAUCGUCUCCAAUCACCAAUCGACUCAAACCCAUCUCGCCUUUUCUCUCUACGCUCAGAUUUCGAGACCCAAUGAGUUCACGUACCCUUCUCUCUUGAAAGCAUCGGGCUUUCACCCUCGGUGGCAUCGCCAUGGAAGGGCUCUUCAUGCCCAUGUGUUGAAGUUUCUCGAACCGGUUAAUCAUGAUCGGUUUGUGCAAGCUGCGUUGGUUGGGUUUUACGCCAAUUGCGGGAAACUGAGAGUAGCUAGGUCUCUGUUCGAUCGAAUUACAGAACCUGAUUUAGCUACUUGGAACACCCUUCUCGCUGCGUACGCUAGGUCCAGCGAAGGAGAAGGUGAGAUUGAUCUCGGUUUACACGAGGAGGGUUUGAGGUUGUUCGUGAAUAUGCGGAUGAGUUCGUGUGUGAGACCGAACGAGGUUUCUCUUGUAGCUUUGAUGAAAUCUUGUGCGGGUUUAGGUGAUCUUUGUGGAGGAGUAUGGGCUCAUGUGUAUCUCUUGAAAAGCAAUCUGUCUCUUAACCAGUUCGUUGGAACUUCUCUUAUCGACCUCUACUCAAAAUGUGGAUGUUUGAGUUUCGCACGCCAAGUGUUCGAUGAAAUGCACCAGAGAGAUACGUUGUGUUACAACGCCAUGAUCCGCGGUUUAGCGGUUCACGGGUUUGGCCUUGAAGCUAUCGGAUUUUACAAGAACUUGAUCUCCCAAGGACUAGCCCCGGACGACGCGACAUUUGUGGUGACGAUAUCGGCCUGUUCGCACUCGGGUCUAGUGGACGAGGGUCUCGAAACUUUCAACUCGAUGAAAGCGGUUUAUAAUAUCGAGCCUAAGGUUGAGCACUAUGGAUGUUUAGUUGAUCUACUGGGCAGAUCUGGACGGUUGGAAGAAGCUGAAGAAUGCAUCAAGAAGAUGCCGAUGAAGCCAAACGCGAUGUUGUGGAGAUCGUUUCUUGGAUCGGCUCAAAUCCACAAUGACUUGGUGAGGGGUGAAAUUGCGCUAAAGAAUUUGUUGGGGUUAGAAAUUGAAAACAGCGGAAAGUAUGUGCUUUUGUCGAAUAUUUAUGCCGGAACGAACCGUUGGGAUGACGUGGAGAAGACCCGGGAACUUAUGAAAGACCACCGUGUUAAUAAAUCUCCAGGGAUUAGUACUAGUAAUUAAUUAAGUGCAAUUAUACCACAGAUCAUUUUGAGUUUGCUUUAAUUUGCCUAUUUAUUUGAAUUUAGAACUUGUUGAUUAGAAAAGGCAUGUUGACAACUCGAUACGUGUAUCCCAAAACUAUUACAAAAU